CACAGGACUGCUCCCAGCCCCGGUCCUCCAGCAUCCCACAACCCCCGUGCCACAGGCGGUAAAGAUGGCGGAGUCGGACGGUUGGGACACCGCCGAUUUCGAGCCGGAGGAGUUGGCGAGCCAGACGCCGGCGGUGGACCUCUGGAAAGGCGAGGACGUGGAGGAGGACGUGAAGGACAACUGGGAUGAUGAGGAUGAGGAGAAGAAAGAGGCAGUGAAGAAAGAAAUCAAGACUACAGAGAAAAAGAAAUUAAGUGACAAAAUUAAAGCGAGAGAGGAAAAAGAAAAACAACAAAGGAAAAAAGAGGAAGAGCUAAAAAACAGUCUUAGAGAGGGCGAGAAACAGCAGGAGCUCUCAACAGAGGAACAACUGGCGGAGAAGCUGCGGCUGAUGAAACUACAGGAGAAGGCGGACCUGGAAGUAGCGAAAGACACUUUUGGCUUAAAUAGCAUUGGGCAGCCUGCGAUCGAUUCCAUGUCCCCCAUCUCGAGAGAAGACUUCACGGAGUUCGGGAGACUUUUGAAGGAGAAGAUCACUCAGUAUGAAAAAUCAGAACAUUACAUCGACUUCUUGGAGACACUGCUUCAAGGCAUCAGCCUUUCACUGGAGGUGGAUGACUUGAAGAAACUGAACAACUCCUUGACGAGUUUGUGUAGUGAAAAACAGAAACAAGAAAAGCAAAACAAAGGCAAGAAAAAGAAGAAAACCCCAGUGCUUGCAGGUGGAUUCAAGGCAAAUCUGAAAGAUGAUCUAGAUGACUAUGGUGGUUAUACGCCAGAGUAUGAAGACUUUAUGUGAUGUUCUCCUCGCCCUUAGAACUCUUCUUCGAGCAUGUUUGCGUAGUACAGCCUCCUUUCUGUUGCUGGUUUCCUCUCAGAGUUGCACCAAACCUCCUUGCAUUAUCUUGGAAACACUGAGACCUCAAGAUGCCUGAUUCUGAUUACAUUGACAACUCAUAUUAUUGGUACCAUAAUUAAUCCUACUGUCGCUGACUAACCUCCGAGGGGACUCUGGACAAAAAUGCCCGAGUGAAUUUGAAAAGAAAGGUUCUGGGUGGGGGGGGGGGAAAGAGAGAAAACAAUGUUUGAAAAAAUUCAGGACAUUGCAGUGUUUGUAUUUGUGACCUGAGCUGAAUUUGUAGUUAUCAACUUUACUGUGAUGUUAGGAAACAUCCCCCAAAACCAUUUGUUUUCAAGAUCAGUAUUUUGGCCAGGAGUUCCUGACUUUACCUUUUCUUUUUUUUUAAAUGAAAAUCAACCCUCUUAAUUAACAUGUUUAGAGAUCCUAAUAUUUCCACCCCAGGAGGAGAGAGUUUCAGUACUUCCGGCCUGAGUUGCUCGAGCUUCUUGACCAUGUGAGUUCCUUCCAACAUGGCUGUGCAAUCCAGUGGCCCUGAAAAUGGAGGACUGUAGUCCAGAGGCCACAAAGGGUAUUUUAUCCACUUCGUCAGGAGCUUCUAGUGUUGAGGUUAUUGUCCCAAUAUAACACUGAGCGGCUCCUUGCUCCCUAAUUACUCAGUGUAUAAAUAUAGCUCGGGUUGUGGUGCUGAGGCCCUGGCUGAGUUAGUGGAUUUCAUGCUGGGUGAUGGUUGUGGGAUAUUCAAUUGGCUCUCUCUAGGCUCCACAAAACACCUGUGACCCUGAUUUCUUUCAAAUGAGCUCCGCUGGCAACCGUGCUUGUGGAGAUGUGAUGAGGACAGGAUCUAGCUUGGCUGGGCUGGGAUUGCUCGCACGGCUGAAUCGCCUGCCAACGCUCUGUGUUCACUCGAGUCAAGAUGCUGAAUGCUUGCCGGUGCCUGUGGAGCUGAGCCCCAGUGUGACUUAUUCCCUUCAGAAGAGAACAACAAAUAAACAGAAUGGUUUCAUAUUGGAUCAGAAUACCAUGGUUAUGACUUCAAAUCUCAAUCUCGAGUCCAACUCCAUCUCCAGGGCCCUUGUGAUUCUCUGGCCUUUAUUUUUGCCAUCAGAAAGGAGAUGAAGUUCGCUUUGAAGUCAUUAAACGCAUUGUGCUGGUGAGUGGAGGGGGGGGAGGAGAGAGAGAGGAAUGGAUGAAAGCAGUCUCCUUCAUGGUGAAUAAUUUAUUUCCAAUUGAAAUUAUUUGUAACUGAAAUGCAGAUAUUUAAGAAAAAAGUUGCUGUAGUUCUAGUGAGAAUUUUGUGGCCUUUUUUUUGGUCAACCUCUUUGGGGGGUGGGGGUUGGAUGUGUGAAGUCUGCUCCGUGCACACACACUCAUUUGCUGUAACCCUGGAGAACAGACCAAUGUAAAUGUUUCAGAAGUGCUUUCAAACCAACUUCAUCACAAGUGAAUAAGGGACCCGGUUCCUCCUACCUACAGCACUUUACGUGGAUGCCACAAGACAGAAAAAAUCACGAGGCUGUUGUCGAAGACAGCUCAGUUCUUGGAAAAGGAAAAAAAAAAGCAUUUUUUAAAAAAAAAAGAAAAGUAAAAAUUGAAAAGAACUCAUAGCAUGUAGUCUUUUUUUAAAAAAUUAUGUGACGUACACUGCCAGUGAGUGCAGGAGAACACAAGACUUUGGUGGGCGAUGGAAGACCAAGCUCUAUCUAGUUUGCCUUCCACCAUCCUGGGAGUUGUUUCACAUGUUGUGUCCCAAAUUAUAUAAUAGUGUGUGGUUGGGGGGAAAACAGACACAAAAUCUGUAAUAACUGCAGUAGUUACAUGCUGUCAAGCAAGUUGUUUGUGCUGUGUUUACUUCAUUCACUCCGUUUGCUUCUCCCUGCCCCCAGAGCGAAUUUGGUUGGAGCAGCGUGCAAGAGAAAAUCUAGGUAACUGCUUCUUGGCAGUUUUUAGUUUGAUGCACCCAAAUUUUUAUAACCUUUACUUCUCUCCCCCUUCCCUCUGCUCAUUGCAAAAUGUGUCCUUGGACUUAUUUUCUUCGGAUUUUUAUUUCUUCAUUGUUUGAACUCAUCUGCUGCUAACCAAUUGAGCUGCAGGAAUAAUAUUGGGAAAGGCUCUUUCUGUGUAAAGACUUGGAUAUUUGCCAUGGUUUAGGACAUAAACGUUCAAUAAAUUUCAUGUAAUCA